AUGUCGGAAGAUUCUUUGAAUACAGUUGAAUCAUUAGAAAAUGCAUUCCGUUUAAUUGGUUUAUCUGAUUUAAAGAUUCAAGAAACAUUAAAAAACACAAAAUUAAGCAAACUUCUAGCACAAAAUGUGCUUCAAGCUGGUGUUUUGGUUUCAGGUUGUACAAAAACACAGGGAAAACUGUUAUAUAUUCUCUCUACAAGUGGCCGACUUCUUGGAGAAUGUGGAAGAGAUUAUAUUUGUCGUGGAAUUAUGUCAAACAAGUUCCAAACAGCGUUACAAGUUGAAACUGCAAUACGCUAUGCUCUGGAUAAAAAUGAUGUGUUUGAUUCAGAUUUACUAGACAAAGCAUCUGGUGUUGGAAUAACGAUUAAUGAGAAAGAAUUACAUUAUGAAGUUCAUACAUAUAUAAAGAAUAAUAGAAAGGCUAUAAAAGGUGCUAUGUCUAAAAAAGUUGCUUUAGUUUUGAGUUCUUUGCGUCAACAUCCACUUUUAAAAUGGGCAGAUCAAUUAAUGUUGAAAAGAUAUGUUGAAAAUGAACUUUCUUUUGAAGGAUCAGAUGAUGAUGAAGUGGGAUAUACUAAAAAAGAUGCCUCAAUAUGUUUUUCGGAAGAUAAAAAAAAACUAUAUCAGCAAGAUGCAACAGCAAUUGAAAGUAUUCCCAAUAUGUUUGAAGAAGGGUUCUUAGCAAGAUUACAUAAACCAGGGGGAAAUAAACAACUUUAUCCACAAUUGAUGGAAGAACAUUUGAAACACACGAAAGGAAGAGUAGUAACACGGUUUCCACCUGAACCUAAUGGAUAUUUACAUAUAGGUCACAGUAAAGCAAUUGCUAUUAAUUUUGGAUAUGCAAAAUAUCAUGGAGGAUAUUGUUAUUUGCGUUAUGAUGAUACUAACCCAGAAGCAGAGGAGGAUAUCUACGUUAAGUCUAUCAAAGAAAUUGUUGAGUGGCUAGGAUUUGAGCCGUAUGCGAUUACAUUUUCAAGCGAUUAUUUCGAUGAAUUGUAUCGUUUAGCCGUUUUGUUGAUUGAAAAGGGAAAGGCAUAUAUUUGUCAUUGUAAUGAUUCUGAAAUAAAAUAUGGAAGAGGUGGAGAAAAUCAUGGGCCGAGAAUUGCAUGUAAACAUCGUGAUCGCCCUAUUUCAGAGAAUCUUAAAGGUUUUGAUGAUAUGAAAAAUGGUGUAUAUAAAGUUUCAGAAGCUGUUCUUCGAAUGAAACAAGAUUUAGAAGAUGGGAAUCCUCAAAUGUGGGAUCUAGUUGCAUAUAGAAUUUUGGACUUUCCACAUCAUAGAACAGGUACCAAAUGGAGAAUUUAUCCUACUUACGAUUUUACGCAUUGUCUUGUUGAUUCUUUAGAAAACAUAACACAUUCUCUUUGUACUACAGAAUUUAUUGGUUCUAGACGUUCAUAUGAUUGGCUCUGUGAUGCUUUAGAAGUGUACAGACCUCAACAAAGCGAAAGACGAGGUGUUCCUCCUGGUGCAAUAUUGUCAUUUGUUAAUGAACUUGGUGUUACUACUGCUGUAAUAAAUAUUCAAGUUAGUCGUUUUGAAAAUUCGGUUAGAAAAUUUUUAGAGAAUAUAACACCUCGCUUGAUGAUGAUCCUUGAUCCUAUUUUGAUUGUUAUUGAAAACCUUCCUUUUGAUUAUUAUGAAGAGGUAGAAAUUCCUUAUAAAAUGGACGAUUUAACAUUUGGAACUCAUUAUGUUCCCUUUACUGCCCGGAUAUAUAUUGAUAGAAGUGAUUUUCGUGUUGAGGAUUCAUUAAAUUAUUAUCGUUUAGCUCCAGGAAAAUUGGUGGGGCUUCUUAAAGUACCUUUUCCAAUUAGAGCUGUUUCUUAUACUACUGAUCCAGUAUCUGGGUUAGUUUCUGAAGUAAGGGCUGUAUAUGAAACUCAGAAUUUCGAAAAACCUAAGACAUAUAUUCAUUGGAUAGCAGAAACUGUUAAUGGUGAUUCUCCUAUUCAUAUUGAUCAAGUUAGAAUUUUUAAACAGCUCUUUAAUUCGGAAAAACCCACAUCACAUACAAAUGAAGAUGGAUUUCUAGCAAAUAUUAAUAGGGAUAGUGAGCAUAUUGUGAGAAGUGCUUUAAUUGAAAAGGGUUUUGAAGAACUUAAACAAAAACAACUUAAAGAUCAUACAGAUACAUUUGAAAAUUUAGAAUUUGAAACUCUUCGUUUUCAAGCUAUAAGAAUUGGAUAUUUUUGCAUGGAUAAAGAUAGUACGCCUGAAAAGAUAGUUCUUAAUCAAAUCGUUUCACUCAAAGAAGAUAAAGGAAAAUAA